CAUUGCAAGGCCAAGGCGGAUGUGAUUAUUCUGAUUCAAGAUAGUCAAGGUAUUUCCUCAGCGACAGCAGAAAACAUAAAAACCGUAGUAAAAAGAAUGCUGACUCAACUAAGCAGUGGUUCAACUGACACCAAAGUUGCCGUGGCAACGUACGCGACCUCGCGACGAAUAAGUUGUUUUGGAAGAACCAAGCAAGCAAUCAGUUACAUAGACAACGAAUAUCAACACGCAGGAAAAGGCCUUAACCUGUUAAACCUCGCCUUGAGUAAAAUGAUCAUGAAACAGUUUGAUAAGCGUCCUGACGACAGACAAACAAGGGAUACGGCAAAGGUUCUAGUCAUAUUCUCAGACGGGAACGCGCAGAAUGAGAAUGGUGACAUUAUGGACACUUCCAUACUCAAACAAACAGCAGGGUCGUUGCAAUACAACCUCAUCGAAAUUUUUGGUGUCCUUAUCCCCAACACUGAGAAAGCGUCACGCAUACAAGAGCUGGAAGGUAUCGUGUCCUAUCCAUAUGAGGUCAUAGACGCCAGUUUUAACAGCAUCGCAGAUCUCCUAGCAUUUCGCGUGAAACGAAUGGUCGACUGCCUUGUUAAGUACACGGUCAAAGUUUACACCCGGGACUCACAUGCGAGGAGUGACUACGGAUUGACUGUUAGGAUUGAAGGACAAGGCAAACAGAAAACUGCCAAUCAAAGCUUGUUCGAGACAACACAAGACAGGGAAAACAACCUACACGUGAUUGUAUCAGCGUUCUAUGAUCUUGAUGUGGGCACUGUGGAGAGGGUUAAUAUACAAACAAAAAGGUUUCAGUCUGCUUCACCUUUCAGAGCUGGGUGGAACCUUAAAGAGGUAACGUGAUAGUAUUUCCUGUAAAAGCUUUAACGUAAUUUAGCACAGGUAUUUUUUUUUGUUAUUAUUUAGUUUCAUUGUAGACACUACAUAUAAUACUUGCAAUAUGUUGAGUCGGCAAUGCACUCCUUCAUAACCAAGUAUUGUUUCCAUGUAUUCACGUAUAUUAUUAUGUACGCCACAUAAAUAACCUGAAGUACGUUUCGGUAUAUAUGGGUCAUUGACCAAGCGCCAGUUCAUUAUGGCUUGAUAUCGGCCAAGCUUUUUUUUGCGUGUUUAUAGACUGUGACAGAGUUGAGGUCCAU